AUGUCCCAAGCACAGGAGAAGGUCCCAGGCAGAGCCAGUCCUAUCGAGACCCUCGACGAGGUCCUCAAGCUCUGGGCCCUCGCCGACAAAGCCAUGAGCAUCAGCGACGCGACCUCCGCUCCACGAUCCCCUUACUCGGACCCGGGCUACCGCCUCCGCGACCCGGACCUCUUCGCCGACGACCUGGCAACGCGCCUCGCCCGGUUCGCCGUCUCCGAGACCAUCGCCGCCGACCCGCGCGAAAGUGUGCAAACGGUUCUCGAGAGCACCUUCUCGCCCGCAGCCGGCGGACAGCGCACAUCUGUUUCGACGCAGCCGACACCCGGCCUAACACGCUUCAACAUAAAGCCGACGCGCGGCAGCCCGCCGCCAUCACCGCCGCCUGGUUUCGGGUUCGGGUGCUCGCUGAAGCGCAUGUCCCGUGCCAGCUUGGACCGGCUUCUUCUGUUGCCAGGCCGCCAGCCGUCGCGCGGUAGUGGCAGAGGCGGCGGCGGCGGGACGGCUGUCCUUGAGAUGAGGGAGACCAUUGCGCAGGGCCGGAUCAGGGCUUCGGCCAAGGACGAAGGGCCGUGGCAGUCCCUGCAUCAGGGCGGGGUAGGGCGAAGAGGGAAUGAAGCUCCGUGUUUUCGCCCGGGAGAGGAGGAGGAGCCGAUCCGCGCACGGAACGUGAGGAGAGUCACCUGGAAGUAA